CUCAAAUAUUUCAUCUUUUCUUGAAGUUUCUUUUCUCUAAUUAAUCUAUUCCAUUAUUAUGGAUGAAAUUGGAAGCUCUUUGAGCGCACAAAUGUUGGAGUUUAGCGAGUCCGAAUUGUUCCCGGAAACGCUACAGCUUUCCGAGGUGGGUUCGAGUUCCAACGGCGGAGGCGGAGGCGGCGGGUACGAGGAGCAUUCCUCCUACUCCACCCAUCUCCCCCUCACCCCUGACGUCAGCACGUUUGACCCUGGGUGUGGGGAGGUGAAGAAUCAAGCGGCGGCGGCGAACCAGAUGUCCGCCGCCGCCUCCGGCGGCGGCGGAGAGAACAACCACUUGUCGAUCAUAUUCGACACCGGAGACGACCUGUCGGCGUCGAUCGACUUUGGCCCGGCCGGCGGAGGCGGGGACGAAAUCGUCCUCAACGGCCCCGCCCCCGCCGCCAUUGGGCUCGAACAAUUCGACAUCUCCUCGUUCGAGGACCACCAUGUUGCCGGCGGCGGGGGGCAGCAGUACCCGCCGCCGGACAGCCAGAUCGCGCAGCUGAUGGCGGCGGCCGCGGUUGCACCGCCGCAGAUGGGGUACGAGGAGGAAUGCCUUUCUUCCGCGCCUUCCUACUUGCACAAUAUCCCUUCUUGUUCGUUUCUUGAUCCGGGUUUCGGCAAUUACCUGACGGGGAACCUCAGCCACGCCGCCUUGUCCGGUGAUAAUUCCGGCGUAUGCGCCGGCGGCGGCUAUUAUCUCGGAGCAGACUUACCUCCCCCGCCGGAAUUUCAAGGAGACAAUAAUAACAACAGACUUUUCUGCCCGGAUAACAUUCCACGUGUUUAUAACUGCCACAGUGACCCAUUUCAGGCAAUAAAGAGUGAGAAUCAGCAUUUGGUUAGUGGAGGAAGUGGGGGCCACACAGCUUUGGCAUCAAACAUCACAUGCUUGGAAGAUACCACCUUUAAGGUUGGCAAGCUUUCUGUUGAAGAAAGGAAGGAGAGGAUUCAUAGAUAUUUGCAGAAGAGGAAGGACCGAAAUUUUGACAAGAAAAUCAAGUAUCAAUGUAGAAAAACAUUGGCGGACAACAGGCCAAGGGUAAGGGGGAGAUUUGCCAAGAACGACGAUCUGGGGGAGGUAGCAACAAGGGCAUUAUCGUCCAUCACCAGCCAGGAAGACGAUACACUGGGUGACGUGGCAUCAAGACACAAUUUCCUCUACGACCCAAAUUACCCCGCUGCCCUCCCCGUCCCCGCCGCCACCGGCGGCCGGCGUUUCAACUCCAAUUGCCUCCUGCCACCUGGACCCGUCCCCGGCCCUUAUGACAUCUGUAACACCCUCUUCUUCGCUGACCCUAACAUGCAACGUUGAUUUUUUUUAUUUAUUACGGAGUAAUUAUAACAACGACAACAAGACGACAAAUUUAGCGCAAUUUCACGAAUGAUGUCUGACGGGGA